UGAGAAUACUAAAAUUAAAUUUAAGAAAUUCUUACUAAUUAUGUAAGUCAAGAUACUUACACUUUUACAUACAUAUAAAAUGAUCCCCUUCAUUGCGUGAACACACAAUGCGGAAUGCCAACAGUGCCGCGUGCUUAAAUUACGGCGUGAGGUCAAACGUUUACCUACAGCAACGUUUGCAUAAUUCGGUGUCGUCUGCUGUAGAUGCCAAAUGUGCAAAUUAAUUAUUACUUUUUCCGAACUUUUGAACAUUCAUUGAACAAAUUGAAUGUGAUCGAACGAUCAUGCAAAUUUUCAUGCAUAUUCGAUGUACUCGUUGCAUUUGUGCUAUGCUGUAAAUAAUUGUCAAUAUAUUCAUUGAGACAUUUAGGUUCAAAAGUGGCUUGAUUCAAGGUGUUCCUUGCAUUAUAUUAUGGAUGACGAACUGGAAGACAAGAUUCUAUAUCAGACAUAUGUAUCAUACAUGAAGCUAGUAUCAAAGUUUGCAGUGGGUAUUCCCACAGGAUUAAAUGCUGGCAUAAAUACUCCUUUGGGCUAUUUUUGGAGGAUCAUGAGGGUUUACGCAUUGAAACCAGAAGUAUUAGUUUGUGGUGCAAUUUUGGCAGUAAUUCUAUUUUAUAUGCAAGCUGUUGAUGUAUGGAGCCGAUCAUUAUUAGGAAAAAUCCAAUAUACACUUGGUCGUACUACAUCAAAAGUAUCCAAGUUACAAUUUUUAGUUGAUAAUUCUGUAAAUAAUGGGGUGAAGCUUAGUUGGGAAUUAAGGCAAGGAUACAUUGCUGCAUAUGCUGUUCAAGGUCACAGAGCAAGUAUGGAAGAUCGCUUUGUUGUAAAUGAAGAUAUGAAUAAUACAGGUGUAUCUUUAUUUGCAAUAUUUGAUGGACAUGGUGGAGAAUUUGCAGCAAAUUAUGCACGUGACAAACUUAUUCCAAACAUUAAUAAAAAAGUAAUUGAAUUAAAAGAUAUGAUAGCUGGCAAAGCAUCACAUAUAUCAGAAAACACAAACAAAAAUGAAGAAACAGAAAAGAAAGAGGAAAAAAGUGAUACAGGACAUCUUGAACGCAAAAAAUCUUUUCGUAAAACUGUGAGCACAUCAUUGACAGAUGAUUGCAUGAAGAAAAAUGUUGGUGUAACUGAUCCAGAACUACUUGAUAAAUUGGAUAGCUUGCCAAGGCCAAUAACAAGAGAAGUGAGACCAUGUAGAACAACGGAAAGACUACCAAAAGUAGAUAUUACGAAUUACCUGGAUGGGAAUAAAAUAAACUAUGGUAGAUUACUAACUGAUGAAGUACUGGCAGUGGAUAGAUUAUUAGUUGAGGCUGCUAAAAAAAAUAUGGACGUAGCUGGUACAACUGCUUUAAUUGCUCUCUUAGAAGACAAUAAAUUAAUUGUGGCUAAUGUUGGAGAUUCAAGAGGUGUAAUGUGUGAUGGAAAAGGAAAUGCUAUACCUUUAUCUUUUGAUCACAAACCUCAACAAGAAAGAGAAAGGCGGAGAAUAAACAAAGCUGGUGGUUUGGUAACAUUUAAUGGUGUAUGGAGAGUUGCUGGUAUAUUAGCAACUUCUCGAGCUUUAGGAGAUUAUCCAUUAAAAGAUAAAAAAUUAGUGAUUGCUGAUCCCGAUAUUUUAACUUUCGAUCUCAGUGAUCAUAAUCCAAUGUUUAUCGUCCUAGCGUCAGAUGGUUUAUGGGAUACUUUCACCAACGAAGAGGCUGUUGCGUUUAUUAAGGAACGUAUAAAUGAACCACAUUUUGGUGCAAAAAGUAUCACAUUACAAAGUUAUUACAGGGGUUCCGCUGACAAUAUUACUGUAGUUGUAAUUAAUUUGAAGGAUCGUAAAUACAGCAUAUCAGAGAUUAAAAAAAAUCAAUAAUUAUUUAAUUACACAAUGAAUUUGUUUUUUCCAAAGCAAUUCUAGUCAUUAAUCAUUUAUUAAUAACUAGUAAGUGUAAAUUUGGAAAAAAAUGAAUGUAUUCUUGUUUAUGUCUUUAUUGAAGUUUUUAUUUUUUUAUAGAGACAAUUUUAGUUUUACUGUAAUAUCCAUUAUAACUAUU